AUGCUGCGGCGGGCGGCCGCGGUGGCGGCUCGGGGGCUGCGGAGGCCGCUGGGGGCUGCGGGGAGGCGGCAGCGCGGCGGGGCCGGCAGGUGGAGAUGGGUCGGGACCGGGGCCGGGGACCGUGGCCAGGGAUCGGGACCAGGGCCGGGGAACCGGGGCCGGGGAACCGGGGCCGGGGAACCGGGGCCGGGCCCGGGAGGUGCCCACCGCCCCCUAACGGCCCCCGCCUCCCGCAGCCCCGCCGGCGAUGCCCGCGCCCCGAGGAUCUACACGCGAACGGGGGACGGAGGCUUCUCCAGCACCUUCACCGGGGAGAGGAGGCCCAAGGGCGACCGCGUCUUCGAGGCGCUGGGCACCACGGACGAGCUGAGCUCUGCCAUCGGGCUGGCCAGCGAGUUUGGCGUCGAGAAGGGGCACGCGUUCGUGGAGCAGCUUCACAAGGUCCAGUGUAUGCUGCAGGAUGUGGGCUCCAACAUCGCGACGCCUCUCUCCUCAGCCAGGGAAGCUCACCUAAAACGAACCGCUUUCAGCGAGAAGCCUGUCCUGGAGCUGGAGCAGUGGAUUGACAGCUACUCAGAACAGCUUCCUCCGCUCAGAGCUUUCAUCUUGCCUUCGGGAGGUAAAAGCAGCGCCGCUCUCCAUUUUUCCCGAGCCGUCUGCCGCAGAGCUGAGAGGUGCGUGGUUCCUUUAGUACAAGCAGGGGAAGCAGAUCCAAACGUGGCCAAAUAUUUGAACAGACUGAGCGACUACCUCUUCGUUUUGGCACGCUACGCUGCAAUGAAGGAAGGGAAGGAAGAGAAAAUAUACAUAAAGUCUGAGCAGUGACUGGGAGCUGGGAUGUUUGCUUUCUAGAUCAUGGAAAGUGGCAGGUUCUGUGGAAAGACUUUGACGGGGCUCUGAGGAAUGAAGAAGGGAAAACAAUCAGCUUCUCUUUGUAAGUCGCAAUGCUCGUACAGAACAGCUACUGUGCAGAGAUUCAGGAACUCCGUCCACGGGCUUUGAAAUAAUAAAUGUGAUUUACUCGUACCAAAGGGCCCCUAACUGUCAUGCUUUAAUACUGAGCCCAGCUUGCUUUUCUUUUUUAAGUUGCUUUCAAUCCAUCAGCCCUGGCUGGAGCUGAGCUGUGUAGAUUUACAGGAACGCACUUCGAAUUCUUUGGCUCUGGCUGCCUCUCCUUAUGCAUGUGAAAAAUGUCUCCGUGCUGACAAUGCCAUGCAUCCUCUGCCAGGAACGGGCUUGUGCUGGAUGGGGAUUCAAGGAGGAAGGGCCAGAUCCUCCAGGUCAGGUGCAGGUACGACCUGUUCAGUUAGCUGGGCUUAACUCCGUGCAGAGCUGCCCUGCCAGCACGGAGUCCCCUUGAGCACGCCUUGGGCACAGAGACCCCUUUGGCUGCCGGUGUUUUGAGUCCAGUUCUCAAAAUCCUAUCAGCUGCAGGGCACUUGGGUCCAGUUUGCAGAUAAAGGGCUUGUGACAAGUAGCAGAGGCCUGGAGCCUUUUCAGCUGGCACAGCUAGAGGUGGAAGAGGGAGGCCAGUACCCACAGAGGUUCGUACCCCACACGUUAAUGUCCCUGGGAGUUUCACUGCUGGGGAGCUCUCAGCAGAGCGAUGUCCUAAAGGACGUCCCAAAGCUUGGGGGAUCUGGCUGCAAACACCACGAUAGAAUGCAGUGCUUCCAGCAGAGAAGACAUCCUGUCUCAGAGCCCACCUAGGGCAGCUGAGCACUUCAUCUUCCAGAACAGCUGCACGUUUUGCUGUUGUUUUUUUUUUUUUUACUGUUUCUUAUCAUUUUCAGUAAAUUUAAGCACAUCAGUGUACAUGGUAUAAGCUUAGCAGCCCAGUCUUCUAGCAGCAAGCCAAAGGCACCUCCAAGAAAACUGACAGAGCGAGCUAACUAAAAUCCAGAGAUCUUACACACGCUCUGUUGGAAGCUUUUUCAGCUUCCUGAUGGAUUGGACUGCCAAAAAUCCUGGUACGUAAACAAGUGCGUUCGAGCCAGCUGAAAGACUUAACGCCUUGCUACCCACGUCGUAGGAAGAGCAGCCAGACGACUACAGUCCACGCAGUUAAAAGUCCAAGUCCCUCGCAGCUCAGCAAUACAACCCGUCUCACACACGUUCUUCCACGUGGCUUUAAGUUGUCCCCUCGUUGUGUGGGGGAGCAUCGCAGAAAACAGUGCUACAAGGUGAUGGCACAGGCUAAGAGCACUCGUUCCGCCCUAAGAACACGACUUGGUGGUGGGAGCUCUUAACUCACGCAGCUCCCUCUGUUCAAUUAUUUAAGCAGACACAACUUCAAAGUUGCUCCCCAAAAGUCCCCUGGCUUUUGUGUUAACUUUUUAAUCAGAGUGGGGUCAGAGUGAAGAAUGCCCAGCGCUAAUAGAUGCUGCUGGCUCAUUAUUCACCCUUUUUUUAACGCAUAUUUCAUGGCUAUUGUUAAUGCACAUUUUUCACAGAGUAAUUUUCCAAGCCUUAGCCUGUAACACAUCCCAGUGACAAAUGCUCUUGAUUUGGACUGUACCGUCAGCUGCAAUGUCACAUCAGACAUUUUCUCAAUGCCUGCUCCAGACAGGCCAUCCAGUUUUAUGAUAGCUCUGUCUCAGUGAUCACUAUUGAACCUUAAGAAUCCAGAGGCUUUUCAAGUUUAAUUGAAUAAAAUUCUUAGCAAUAUAAAUUCUUCAUGAAUGCUACAUAAAUCAGCUCCAGGAUG